AUGGAUUUGGAUAAUGAUUUUGAUCAACAUUUAUUGCAACAAUUUAGUUGCAUGGGUACAACAGACAAAGAUGAUUUGGUCAAACAACUUCAAAGGUUAUUAGCAGGUAGUCAAUUAAAUGAAGCGACUGCUACUUUUUUUUUGGAUAUGAAUAAUUGGAAUUUACAAGCAGCGAUUUGCAGUUAUUUUGAUUUUGAGUCACCAUUUAAACUUCCUAGUAUGACUUUAGUGUGUGACUGUACAAUCGGUGAAGGUGAAUCAGUUUCGCCAAAUACGAAAUUUCAAAAAUCAUGGAGAGUGCAAAAUUCAGGCAGUGAAUCAUGGCCAGAAGGAAUUUCUCUUCAGUAUACCGGAGGUGUUGUUAUGGGAGAUUGUACGAGAAUUGAAGUGCCAGCACUCGAACCGAAAAAAGUCACGGAAAUAAGUGUUAUUUUAACAAGUCCAAAUGAAUUAGGGGUUUAUCAAAGCAAAUGGAGAAUGAUGACAUCCACUGGAUCCUAUUUUGGAGAUAUCAUUUGGGUUAUCAUUACUGUAAGUGAAGCUGGAACUCUUGCAGUCACACAACAACUUCAUCAAUUAUCAACUUCACAAUCCAAUGAUAUUCAGAUGUCUUAGCCUUUAGUAUUAACUUGAGAUCAAUUAUUUUAUAAAAUAUAUUAAGAUAAAAAAUAUAUGAAAGGUGAAAGUGAAAGAAAUAACAACGAAUUAUUUAUUUAUUUGCUUUCUCAAAAAAAUAACGUCAUUGCUCAUUUAUUUCAUAAACAAUUUAAUGAACUUUUAAUUUAUUAAAUGCAGAUAAAAUUUGAAGAUUUUUUAUCGUUGAGAACUUUAAUUCUUUCAAUCAAAGAAAGUUUAGUUAUAUUUAUCAUCAAAUUUAUAAUAAAAAGUUUUCGUGUAAUUAACUUUUGAACAAUAAUCCUAAGUUUACUGCUCAAUUUUUGAAUGUUUCGAUCCUGAUUUCCUUUGUUUAUGAAUCAAAAAGUUAUUAAUACUAUGUUUAAUAUAAAAAUAAAUUGUAUAAUUGAUACACAUAUUAAAGUGGUUCCCACUUAUUGUGGCCUAUAAAAGCGUUUCAGCAGGGUUUCUAAAUAACAUUGCCGAUUGGAACAAAAAUGAUUUAGAGAAAUGGAAAAAACAAGUAUACGGAUGAGUCUUCAAAAACGGAACCUCACUUCUGCGUAUUGAUUUUUUUUUUUUUUU